AAUGCUGGCGCAUCAAUUUCGCCUUGGAAUAAUACCAGGCUCGCUGCUGGCGAUGUGCGGCGAGAGAGAGAGAGAAUAAUUCCUGAAAUUUGAGGGAGCUUUAAUCGCCGGAUAACGUGUAAACACGAUUGUUAGGGCUGAAAUAAACAAAGGUAUAUCAUUGCGUUAUUAGCAAGCUAAAAGGGAAUCGCGCUCGAAAAACAAAGCACGUCAGUCUCUAAGCAGGCUAAAAAUUUCAUUCGCCGUUAACGUUUCCUCUCUCCCUCUUCUCGCUCCUUCGAAUCAACGUCAAAGCAAAGGUCAACCACCCGCCUCCCCCGUUUUUCCCAGAAGGCAAAAAAGCACCAGCGACUAGCCAGCAAACUUCACACUGCCGUGUACCUCUACACACACACACACACACACAGAAACACAGAGCGCGCGCGCGCACACAUUCCAGUGAAUUUGUUAGCGCAGGAAUGUAAUUCCGCCGACUCCCUCCGCCUCUCCUAUACACAGUUACAUAAGAUUUCGAGCGUAACAGCGCGCGGAUAUUUGUCUUGGCGUUAGCGCGCGCUAUACUCUCUCUCUCUCUCUCUCUCUCUUGAGAGAGCUAACGCACGACAGAAGAAGAAGAAGAAGAAGAAGAAGAGGACGAAGCCAAGCGCUGAAUGUAAAUUCGGCGCUUUCUUUCAAGCUCGCGCUUGCGCGCACGUGGUCCGAGUGCAGAUACAGCGGACAAAUCGCGAGCAAAGUUCGCGAAUAUCAAACUUAUUUACUCUUUCUUCUUCUUCUUCUUCUUCAUCCUCGAGUUUGCCCAAGCUGCGCUGCAAGCUCGUGGAAAAAAUCCUUAUCGCGGCGAGAGAUUUUUUUAAAACUUCGAGGGAACAUGUUCUCCGCCGUUUGGCUACUGCUACCGCUGCUGCUGCUGCUGCUGCUGCUGCUGGGAAGGAUCGAGGGGGCGAAUUCUCGCGGCAAGAGGGAGAGCCCCUUGAUACCGCCGCCGCUGGUCUGGCCUUUCGGAGGCACUUUCAAGUUGAUCGUCGGCGCCGCCAUCCCCAUAGCCAUGCCGGGGAGGAUAGUCAGCUACGGGCAGAACCUUCAGUUCCAGUACUCCCUUCCCCAGAACGCGAGCUUCUUCAGCGACUAUUACAAGGCAAAGUCGAGCAAGCGAAGGAGGAGGCGACAGGUCGAGGAGAUCGGAAGGGAAAGGCAGAUAUUCUAUCGGAUGGUCGAGGAGGAGCUGAAAAGGCGGGCCGGAGUCACCGCCGGAGUCGAGGACUGCUUGGCGAGGAGCAUAUGCGAGUCCGCGGAGACGCCGCUGAGGGAUGACGGUCUCGUGGGCGAAAUCCUCCACGUGCUGCUCACGCCGGACUAUGGCAACGGCGGCGAAUCAUCCCUGAUCUCCGACGUCUACAGGCGGGCCGCGGAAAUCGGCCGGAUGGCCGAGCUCGACUGUUUCGCCGCGUAUCCUUCCUGCCCUCGAGGAUUCGGAAUUCUGGAUCACAUUUCCAAGGUCUUCGAUUAUGAUUGACGAGCUACACACACACCCACACACACAGAGCGGCCAAACGGACAUCAAUCAUCAUCCCCUAUACAGCUCAGCACUGAUCUCUCUUUCUUCGCGCAUAAACCACCUGUAUAUAGUAUACGUAAUACCAUUGCUAUGAUGUACGAUUGACGUUUGAAUACACGCAGUAAGAUCUGUGCGACAACGGCGUGUGUGUCUUUAUUCUAAACCCUGCGUAUAUAUACCAUAUAACACGUUAAUCACAACUUAUCGGGUGCGCGCGUUAUUCGAAACGUGAAAAUGGAAAGCGCCAACAGGCCGUUUCGUUAAUUUUUAAAGACAGCGCGCUCACGGUCUGAGAAAGAGAGUUUAAACGGCGAAGCGAUUCUUAGAACGACGCGACGCACACGCACUAAUGAGCGGGUACACGCGAUGAAAGAAGCCCUGAGUCGACGUCUUUCACCGCGAGCGGAUGAAACGUGUUUCACGAGUCUCCUCUCCGAGUGUAGUUUUUUUUUUACAAAAAAAAAAAUAAAAGAAGCUUUGCGUGUACGCGCUGUUGCGUAUAAUAUCGAGUAUAAGGUGGAUACACACAAUAUACCCACCCACUCGUGAUCGCCGGAGGUGUAAAUCUCAACGUUUUCAUUGUCUUCGUCUCUCUCUCUCUCUCUUUCACUCGGGCUAGCUUCUCAAACAAGCUUGAUUUUUCCGCGCGCUUUAUAUCGCGCGUUAAGCCCUCGCGAAUUAAUACAACGAUUCCGGGGUCAAGCUUAUACUCGAGCGAUUUUUUUUUUUUUUCGAAACUUUCCCGCGCAAACUUUCGAACGCGGCUGCAGGAAAAUUAAUCGGCCGAUGAAUCGCGCGCAACUAGUUAACUGAAUUUCA